AUGACUUCUAUUCUCAACUCGAGUGGCGGCGGCAAGACGCACGAACGUGAGAAGCCGCAGACCCGCUCUUCACGAGCUGGCGUGACAUUUCCAGUUGGCCGCAUCCACCGCCUCCUGAAGAAAGGCAACUACGCUGUGCGCAUCAGCGCCGGCGCGCCAGUUUACUUGGCGGGCGUGCUCGAGUAUCUCGCCGCCGAGGUCCUCGAACUGGCCGGCAACGCAGCGAGGGACAACGAGAAAUCGAGGAUCACACCACGUCAUCUGCAGCUGGCCAUCCGAAACGAUGAAGAACUGGGCAAACUGCUCGCUGACGUGACCAUCUCGGAAGGUGGCGUAAUCCCACAAAUUCUUCCAGAACUACUGCCCAAAGCCACUAGAAGCAAGGCAAAGAAGACGGGCGAUCCGGGAAAAGCCAGCCAGGACUUCUAAGUAGUCAUCAUCCUGCUGUCAUUUUCUAUAAGAAUUUAGUUUUUAAUC